AUGCAAUGCAGACCUAUUGUUACUUAUUCAUUAGCCACUGUGUUAGUGUUAUGGAUUUUAUUAGGUGCCAUUACUUUACCUAAUGCAAACCGAUGGUUAAAAGGAUUUGGUUCUUCCAUAGAGCAAGACAGAGUCUCAUUUCGACUAGAUCAACCCUUUGAUAUGCAUCAUGCUAUUGUUGAAAAAGAAAGUCACCAAUCCUAUCAUUAUAAUGUGUUUCCUAUUACCAAUACACCUCAUUUACCAACGCACGGACUUGAUGGUGUUCUUUAUGAUAAGGGAGAUGCCUGUCUACAGACCACGGCUGUACCCAACCUAAACACCAGUUACGCCAAUAUGUCUAAAGUAGCUUUAAUUCAACAAAGUUCAGCAUGUUAUUUAGUAGACAAGAUUCAUCAUGCAGAAAUAGAUGGUGCUUUAGCUGUCAUUGUUUUCCAUAAUGAUCCUAAUGUGUUGCAUUCUUCUUUGGCAGAUAUGGGUGUGAUGCCCAAAAAAGUAAGCAUACCAAGCUAUUACAUUGAUUAUUCUACAGGUGUUGCCCUCCUAAACAACAUAUACAACCUGUCUCAUCAACCUCAACAAGAAGGGUAUAGUCCCUCAAUGGUCCAUGUUCAACUUGUGCCUGGUAAGAAGCCUGUUCUUGACCAUUGGCAAUUUGGACUGGUGAUUGUAGGCAUCAUGCUGUUGACAUGUAUCUUGACAGUGGCCAUGUUACAAUGUCACAUGUGGCGAAUGACAAGAUUAGGUCGUCAUCAACACACAAGUCAUGAAACACUGACAUUAGAAGACCAACAUCAACUUGAAAUGAAUGAAAGCUUUUGGCGAAAUAUCAUGGACGAUAUUCCACCACCACCGCCACCACCACCACCAUUGACUCAAAAGCAACGUUUAGAACAAUCUCUUGUGGAUCUAUUGCCCACACGUACUUUCAAAAAAAAGACAAGUUCUGUUGAAUCCUUGAGUCAUCAUUGUGUGAUUUGUUUAGAUGGGUUUGAACAAGGUCAUGUGUUACGUCGAUUACCUUGUCAACAUGAAUACCAUCGUGAUUGUAUCGAUACUUGGCUUACUCGAAAAAACAAUACAUGUCCACUUUGUCUUCAACGGAUUGAAAUACCUACAGUUCCUGAACAAGCUCAUCCUGCCAUGCCUGAUUUAGUCCAGACAUGGCAACACUUAGAACAAGCAUCUGUACGUCAAUAUCAUUCAAGGUCAUAUAGUAGACCCUAA